AUGGCGGCGAGGAAUGGCACCGUAGUGACAGAGUUCUUCCUUAGUGCAUUCACCGAACGCCCUGAGUGGAGGCUUCCUCUCUUCCUGGUAUUUUUCAGUUUUUAUCUACUCACUCUGCUGGGGAAUGCAGGAAUGAUCAUCCUGAUCCGCAAGGAUCGCCGGCUCCACACCCCGAUGUACUUCUUCCUCAGCCACCUCUCCCUCGUGGACAUUUGCUACUCGUCUGUCACCGUCCCUCAGGUGCUGGCCGUGCUGUGGGAGCACGGGGCAGCUUUACCCUAUGCACGCUGUGCAGCCCAGUUCUUCCUCUUCACCUUCUUUGCCUCCCUUGACUGCUACCUCCUGGCCCUCAUGGCCUAUGACCGCUACGUGGCCGUGUGCCGACCCCUGCUUUACGUCAAUGUCAUGACGCAGAAGGCCUGCUGGGGCUUGGCGGCCGGGGCUUAUGUUGCUGGUUUCUGCAGUGCGUUGGUGCGGACGGUCACUGCCUUCAGUCUGUCCUUCUGUGGGGACAAUGAGAUCAACUUCAUUUUCUGUGACCUCCCUCCUUUGUUAAAGCUGACCUGUGGGGCCAGCUACCCCCAGGAGGUGGUGAUCAUUGUGUUUGCCAUAUUUGUCAUGCCAGCCUGCGUGGUGGUGAUCCUGGUGUCCUACCUGUUUAUCAUCGUGGCCAUCAUGCAGAUCCGCUCUGCUGGAGGCCGGGCCAAGACCUUCUCCACCUGUGCGUCCCACCUCGUGGCUGUCGCUCUGUUCUUCGGCUCCCUCAUCUUCAUGUACCUGCGAGAUAACACGGACCAGUCUUUGGAGGAAGACCGAGUGGUGUCGGUGCUCUACACAGUGGUCACGCCGAUGCUGAACCCCGUCAUCUAUAGCCUGAGGAACAAGGAGGUGAAGGAGGCUGUUAGGAAAGCCCUGAGCACGUCACAGACAUCUGGAAGGCCCUAG